AACAAAGACAGAAGAUAGAAUAACAUAUCCAAAACUUUAGUGAAUAAACUAUAUAGUAUGUAGAAUGUGUUGAUGCCAAGAAGAGGGGUCACCUCUGCACGUGGUGGAACUGGCUGAUUCCUCUACUUAUAAUUAAACUACUACUACUGGCGACUUUCCAGUAAAACCAUCGACUCUCCAAUAUCCCAGCUGUUUCUAGCUGUCCCUAAUCCACCCCCCCCAUGUGACCCACCAGCACCGGCACCACCAUCCUUCUUCCGUUCCACCUCUCACACCUCUGGACCUUUAAAAAAAAAUUUCUUUUUACCCAAUAAAAAAAAAUUUCAGAGAAAGGAAAAUGAAGGCAUGUAACUAAACCCAUCAUGAUGUCGUUUUCUUGCCAGUGCUUUGCUUCUCUCACAUAGUUCAUAUCUCCUUCAUUUCUUCCAUAUUUAGAGUGGUAUUAGUUUAUAUCUCCAAGCUUUUCUAUCAUUACAUUCUUUUCUUGGUAUUAGUUAUAGUUAGUUCUUUUCUCAAUGUAUCCUAGCUACUCAGUUUUUUAAGGAGCCGAUGAUUUUUCCAAAUCAUUUUUAGAUUGUUAUAUCCUUUGCCUUCUUUGGUCUGUUUUCAGUUGUUGGAUAUUGAUUUUUUUUUUCCCCAUAUUAUCCUGCUCUACAUUUAUAUAUAUGUACACACACACAGUUUUAUCUAUCUACCUGUGCUUUUAAGGUUUUGAGAGUAUAGCAUGGCUCAAUUACCUCCCAAAAUACCUAUUAUCACUCCAAAUUGGCCUCCUUUUCCUCAUCAAACAAUGUCUAACUAUCUCUCCAAUACUCACACCAGCGCCACCGCUGCAGCCGCCGUUGUUGUUGACACCCGUCAACCCUCCUGGGUUGAUGAAUUCUUGGACUUCACGUCCGCCAGACGCGGCGUCCACCGCCGUUCUAUAAGCGAUUCCAUCGCAUUUCUCGAGAUAAGUGCAACGCCAUUGGCCGAAGACUGCAAUGAACAGACAAAUAACAACAACAUCAAUUAUAAUAAAUAUAAUAAUCAUAAUUCCCCGAAUGCCUUCAUCUCCGGCAAUCAUGGGUUCGACAGGCUAGACGACGAGCAGCUCAUGUCCAUGUUCUCCGACAACAUGUCGUUGUCCAUACCACCAUCCUCGUCGAACCCAUCAACGCCGUCCGAUCAGAACAGCAACAAUGAUGAGAAACCAAUGGUGGGGUUAGAUCAACAAUAUCAUCAACAUCAACAAAAAAAUGAGCAGCAGCAACUGGCCAAGGCUGAGCCCGGGGAGGUGGAGAGCUCAUGCAAGCAAGAACCACCAACACAACAGCCUCUCACAUCUUCUAAUGGUGACCCUAUCAUUAUUGAUCCUAAGAGGGUUAAGAGAAUCUUGGCAAAUCGUCAAUCUGCUCAAAGGUCAAGAGUGAGGAAGUUGCAAUACAUUUCAGAGCUUGAACUUAGCGUCACGACAUUGCAGACGGAAGUGUCCGCAUUGUCACCAAGAGUAGCAUUUCUGGACCAUCAAAGGUUGGUUUUGAAUGUUGAUAAUAGUGCUCUAAAGCAAAGGAUUGCUGCUUUGGCUCAAGAAAAGAUUUUCAAAGAUGCUCACCAAGAGGCAUUGAAGAAGGAAAUAGAGAGACUACAGCAAGUGUAUCAUCAACAAAACCUUAAGGAGAUGAACAGAAACAACAACAAUAACAGCAAUGGAGCAGCAGCAAACCAUAUGCAGCAUGCGGACAAGGAGGAGCUUCUCAUGAACUGAGAAAACAGAAAAGGAGGGUAGUAGACUAGUGGAUGAGAAGCUACGGUGCCAUUGAUUUGAUCUGGUGCUCACCUGGGAUAUCACGUGAUGUGUCUCUUUAGAGUGGGGCUCCUGACAAGCUUGUGAGAUUGGAAUUAGAGAGUUUGACAUUGGCACUUGGAUUGCUAAGAUAGGGUGGCGACAACAACAAUUUUUUUUUUAAUAUUCUUGGGUUGGUUUGAUAUUUUUCUUUAUUUUAUUAAUUUUUAAUGAUUAAAAUGGCUUAUUUUUUGCUGAUGAUAUAAAUAUUUUGGUGGGGCCAUAGAAAUUAGAAAGCAGGUGUUUUGGGGUUGGAUUGAGGUUGUGCAAGUGUUGGAUACAUGGAAAUGGGAUAGGCUUGACUGAGGGUUAAGGAGAGCUUAAUAAUGAUUUGAUUAUUUUAUUAAUGUUUUCACCUUUUGUUUUUUUUUUUU